AUGGACAACUCGGUACCAUCGAGUGGUGUGGGCAUUGGCUUGGUGCCCACCAACGCCAUAACAACCCCUUUUCCGGCGACGUUCAACUCCAAAUUAAAUUCCCCAAAAACGUCGAAACCUUCUUGUACCUUUCAAAUCCACAAAGAUUCCAUGAAAUUCAAACGAUUUCUAUCAAUUCCCAUUUUCUCAGUGUUCCUCUUAGUUGGUUUCGUCUAUUAUGUCACAGUAUUCAUUUUCAUAGAUGAUUGGUUGAGUUUACAGAGCUCAGCUGGUUCACUGAACGCUCUGAUCUUCACUGUGUUGGCUUUUCUCUCUGUUUUCUCUUUCUUGGUCUGUGUUCUCACCGACCCAGGUGGAGUCCCAUCUGGAUAUGUUCCUGAUAUUGAAGAUAGCGAGGUCUCAGAUCAAGAACACAACAAAAGUGUAAGGCUCCAUGGGCUGAGUCUCAUAAUGUGGUCUCUGAACUUGUUACCUAUUCUCGUGAGUUUUGAUAAAAAGUGUCGUGAUAAUGAAUUGCUAGUAGAAGAGCAUGACAUGAGAAGCGUGUUACGGUUCCAAAAGGUUAUGGGCCCUGAUUUCAGCUGUUCCAUCAAUUUUGGAACUUUUGGAGUCUUGAUCUGGUUAAUUGUUGAAUGUGAAUUGCUAUUCCUGGAUGAUGACUUUCAGGGCAUACAUAUGAGAAGAUGUGACAAGUGUUCUUCAUACAAGCCUCCCAGGGCUCAUCAUUGCCGUGUAUGCAGAACGUGUGUUUUGAGGAUGGAUCAUCACUGUCUCUGGAUAAAUAAUUGUGUGGGUCAUAGAAACUAUAAGACCUUUUUCAUUCUUGUCCUAUAUGCAACUAUGGCAAGCAUAUACUCUUCGCCUAUGGAAUGCUUAGGUUAUAACUUUAAGCUGCGCCCUUCAGAAGGACUGGGAUUUCAGCAGGAGGGCUCCCCUCAAGGUCUUUUAUGUGAGUUGCAGUAUAUAUUGAGAACAAUUUUUGGGCAAAUAAUAUUACAGAUUACUUGCGGGGUAAUGAUUCUUGGUUUAAGCUUGACACUGGGGACUCUCUUUUCCUGGCAUAUUUACCUCAUUACAGUUAACAUGACAACCAUUGAGUAUUAUGAAGGGAAACGGGCAGCAUGGUUGGCUAGAAAAUCUGGUCAGAGCUACCACCAUCCCUUCAAUGUCGGUGCUUACAAAAACAUUACUUUGAUAUUAGGUCCAAACAUGCUGAAAUGGGUGUGCCCUACGGCAGUGAGCCAUUUGAAAGAUGGAAUUGACUUCCCAGCUGCACGCGAUAGCUCGUAAAAUCAUCAGUCUUGGCAAUGAUAUCAGAAAAUGGUGGCAUCUCAUCUGGAUAAGCCCUGUAUAGCAAAUUCGCAAGUAUUUAUUCGUCCUUCUAUUUUCAUGGGAAAUUAUCAAGAAUCAUGGUAACGGACUGGCAGUAUCUGUCUG